AGUUGUUGCACAGUAAUCGAGGGUUUCAGCGCAGUUGAGGGAUGCGGUAAGCUUGCUGUGAUGACGAGGGACACAGCAAUGUCCUAAGCAGACCUCGGCGAUGCAUAGGUAUGCGGCUACGCACCCGACCCGCAUGCUCGCUACGACGUUCGCGCAGACCAAGGUUCGCGUCAACGGCAUUGCGCCUGGAGUAUUCCCCAGCGAAAUGCCUGCUGGUGACUAACAACAAGUCAAACCUCAAGACGGAGAUGUCGAACCCAGCUGGGCGACCCAAUUCUGAUAUCGACGUGGCUGCAUCGAUCGUGUUCCUGGCUGGCCCAGGUGGUGUGUUCUACAACGAACAGAUCCUGUUCCCCGAUGGAGCCUCGUGCAGCCGGCUGCAGAGUAAAUAUAUACGACUCAUGACUGUACACAAUGUAAUGGCAUAUCUGUAUUCAUAACGACAUUAUCGUAAAC